CACUGAAGAGUUUAUGUAAUUUAUCAAUAUUGAAAGAAUAAUUUAACCUUUAAGUAUAAAAAGUUGCAACUAACCACGUGAUGUAUUGUAGAAGAGUUAAUGGUCCAUAUUAUAUUUUAUCCAAUAGCAAUAUCAUUCUUCUUAUAGGUCUACUAAGUGAUUAGAUAUAAUUCAAUCAUCAAUAGUAACGAUGUAUGGUAAUGAUACCAAUAAUUGUCACCAUAGGCUAUAAAUUUUAAGGUGCCUUUACAGCUUGCGUGACGAACUUCAGGGAAGGUAGAUUUUUUAUUGGCUUAAUUCCAGUUUUUCGACAACACUUAUUAAUCCGAAAAAGCUUUGUAAUUGCAAUACGAAAAAAAGUGUAAAAAAUUUUUUAUAAAUGGUAUGAAAAAAUGUAAUAGAGUUGAAUAGAAUUGUAUAGAAUAGAAAUUGUAAUUUAUAUACGAAAAUUGGUGAAGCUCCUAAGCUCCACCUAUGCCGCGGCAUACUGUAGUGAUCGCAGUGAUCAGCAGUGAUCGUCAAUCGUAAUACUGUACGGAGUCGUACGCGAGUUGUCACGAGAACUUGAUUUUAUAUUCGUGCCGUUUUUGAUGUCUUUUGCCAAAUAUAGACGUAAACAUGGAUAUGCGAUGUGAGAGUGAAUUGAAAUUCUUGGAUUUAUCCAAUGCAGAUGAUAGUGUUAGAGAGGAGCUUACAGCAAUAUUGAAACCGAACACUGCCACAGGAGUUCUAAAAUUACCUUGGGAUACUGGAGAAACUGAAGUAAUAUAUAAUUCAACAAUACCUGAAGUUCCAGAAGAACAAUGUCAUUGGCAAAAUUAUGUGGAACCAGAAGGAGUAGCGUCAAAGUAUGGGACACAUAUUGACGCAACACAUUACGUACACACGACCAUGAUACAAAAUAUGCCAUCAGCACAACCUAUUCCUCCAAACGAUUUAAUCAGGAUGUAUUCUUCAUGGCCACAAAAUAUGAUGGUAAAUAAUGGUAUGCCAAACAUGAAUCCUCGGCAUUACGCCAAUGUACAAUACUCUCACGUUCCUACAAGUAAUGAAUGCUACGACAUGCAUUCUGGAAGAGGCACUGGGACGCGUAAUUGGGGACGAGGGAUGAAAAAAGACGGUUAUAAUCGCGGAAACAUUCAUAGUAAUGAUAUGCAGCCAAGAUUCACAGGAGAGCAAGACCAGUUUCAUCAAUAUUAUCAUCAAUAUCCAACACCUUACUAUACUCCAUCAGACCCCACAGUUUUCCAUCCACAUCAUUCACCUGCAGAAUAUCACAAUCGACAUGGAAUGCCUGUUCACCCUGGCAUGGUGAAUUAUGUACACGUAAUGCCACCACCACAGUCCUUCCAGUUUCAUCCUCCCUCAGAAGUAACGAAGAUCGUUGCUCCAAAGACAAACGAAAAACGUAUGCACAAUACAACACAGAGCACAGUGCAGAAUAUUACACAAAGUAGCGUAACGAAACAGGCGAGCUCUCAGGCACAAGAAGAACCGCAAACUCAAUCACCAGUUGUAACAGCUGCAACUGUGAAUGACAACGAGACAGUACCGACAACGAGCAACGUUAAUGAUAGUGCUACAUCAGUGGGAAAGUAUAACGGGGCUAACGAGAAACUUAACGUUGAAAUAAAACAUACCGUAUCCACAGUGAAGGAGGAUUGUGAAGGUACAGAAAAAAAUGACGUCCCUUGUGUAAAUAUCAGCAGCAGUAUUGAAGUUAAACGGAACGGAGAGAAUAGUAAGGAGUAUGACGAUGAAACGGUAGCCAGUAUAAAAACUACAGUAGUUACAAAAGUUUCGGCACCUACUACAAAAGUAACCAGCAAUGAAGCGCCGGAAGAAAUCAGUACUGUGGAUAUUAAAACAUCAGAAGAAAGCAUAGUAGUUACUAGCGCAAACGAAGCUCCACCUACUAUAGUGUCUGCAUCUCCUCUAGCCGCGUCCAUUAAAACUUGGGCCAGUCUUCUUAAAUCUGGUCCUGUAGAUAGCGAUGCGAUAACGUCAACUAAUAAGCCAACGGCACGCAUUAAUCCACUCAAUGUGAAUUCUAGUGGGGAUACGAUCAACGCGUCUGUGCCUGAAACUCAGCAAAAUGUUUCGAAAACUGAAGAGGCUUUUGUACCAAAACAGGAACAUGAACAUCAUGCACAAAAUGUCGAUAAUCAUUACGAUGACUUUAAGAAGCUUCAACGAGAGGCUGCACACAGUCGUUUUGAUGAUCCUAUAGCUCAUAGAAUGGGAGAAUUUCUACAUAAUUAUCAAAUGGAUAAGCAGACGGUAAGCUUAUUGCCUCGGGGUUUAACAAAUCGCAGUAAUUAUUGCUACAUCAACAGCAUAUUGCAGGCUUUACUUGCCUGUCCGCCUUUUUAUAACCUCUUGAUAGCACUGCCCAAUUCAAAACAUGUAACAAAAAAUUCAGCCACACCAUUAAUCGAUAAUAUGAUUAAAUUUGCUCGCGAGUUCACUCCGCUCUCAGACGGUGCUCGAUUGGCCAGAAAAGAUAGACCUCAGAAACGCAACGAAGAUGCGAUAGUAGACAUACAGUGUGGAGUAGCAUUUGAGCCUUCUUAUGUAUAUACUAUGUUAAAAAAUACAUCCUCUGCUGGUGUAUUCUCCGUGGAAGGUAGACAGGAGGAUGCUGAGGAAUUUUUGUCAUGUCUUUUGAAUGGACUCAGCGAUGAAAUGCUAGAAUUAAUGAAAUUGGUGAAUAACAAUCAAUUUUCAAGCGAAGAAAUAGAGCCUGCUGUUAAUUAUAAUAAUCAAGGGGAUCAAGAAGAAUGGCAAGUAAUGGGACCAAAAAAUAAAGGGUCUAUUACGCGAUGCACCGAAUUCGGUCGCACCCCUUUGUCUGACAUAUUCCGUGGACAAUUAAGGUCUAGAGUAUCUCGUGCUGGAGAACAACCUACUGAUAAUGUUCAGCCAUUCUUUACGCUGCAGUUGGACAUCGAGAAAGCAGAAUCAGUAAAAGGUGCUCUUGAUAUUCUGGUUGGCAAAGAUCCGUUGGAAGGUAUGACGUGUAGCAAAACAAAACAGCAAAUCGAAGCAUGGAAGCAAGUUUCUUUGGAAGAAUUGCCUGUCAUUCUAAUUCUCCAUUUGAAAUGGUUCGACUAUAAACUCGAUGGAUGUUCGAAAAUUUGUAAGAGCGUUGAGUUUCCUGUUGAUCUGAAGCUUGACGGAAAGUUUUUGUCGCCAAAUACAAUAAAGAAGCUAAGUCCGAAACAAAAGCAGUAUAAACUCUUUGCUGUGACUUAUCACGAUGGAAAAGAAGCAACGAAGGGACAUUAUGUAACCGAUGCCUUCCAUGUUGGUUACGGUGGUUGGGUACGCUACGAUGACAGUUCACUCAAAGGUGUUUCCGAAAGCAAUGUACUAAAUCCUACACCACCACGAGUACCAUACUUACUUUAUUACAGAAGAUGCGACACCAUUAAAAAUAAUCAGUCGAAUAGCGGUAAAACACGUUGAAUAGUCGUUAAAUACCAAUUUUUAGGUAAAGCCAUACAUAUGUUUUCCGACGAAGCGCUGCACUUUUGCACUUCCGAAAUAACUUUAAGAUAUGUAUUUGUCCACAAAACGUGGACAGGCUCUACGUCAAGCAUUACGAAAAGAGCAAAGGAGAGAGUAAAGAACGUUACGUAAUGAUUUUUAGUCUUAUGUCCUCGUCUAAUAUUCGUGCAUCGAAUCCAUUGUUAAGAAUUUUAGAUUUAUCAUUGUUCGCUUCGGGAAAUUCAGCUAAUUCACGUUUAUGGAAUUUUCACCAUAGAGAAUCUUUUUUCGAUCGUCUCCGUUCCUCACAAAUGCAUAGAAAAGCGAAUUCAUUAUUUAAAAUGCAACUUCCAAAUUAUAUAAAAGUCAUUUGGUUUCGUUUGUCAAGAUUAGUUAAUAUUGACACAGAAGAAUCUUAAGUCUUCUUUAUAUUCAAUAGUUUAUAUCGUGAUAGAAAAAAGUUAUUGGAAGGAAUUGUAGAUUUUAUCUAAUAUCCAAGAUAAUUAUGCCAGAUACAUGCACAGAGAACGUACCACAUUUUCUUUUUUUGGGUUUCUGAAAAAUAAUCUAUAAUUUAAAAACGAAUACGUCGAGGAUUCGAUAGUCAUAAUUAUUAAAAUUCACUAUAUUUAAUACUGGGGGAUAAAGAGCUUAUAGCUUAUGUCCUAUUAUUGCUAAUACCUAUUAGCAUAAUAAAAAAGAACAAUGAAAUUUCCAUUAAAGGAAUUUUUUUUAAAUAUUAGGUUUGAACUUGUUUUAUCGCGUUCAAAAAAUGAAAUUGUAGAAAUAAUAAGGUCAGAGAUAUCAAGUUUUUGUUGUGAAUAGGUAUAGUUCCAAAAUCGUAAUGCCUGAUAUCUGAUGAAGUACGGAGAUUGUGGUACAUUCUGGAUUUGCAUAAUCUAAAGCUACAUAUGGUCAGGCUAGAAAAUUAGUUCCACUUGAGUUUUCCUAAUAUAAAAGAUUCACCGAACAUGGAACUAAUAUCGCGAUGCGAUUAUAUUAUACUUAUACGUAUUUAUGUAUACAUAUAUGUAUAUAUACUAUAUGUUAGUAUAUAUAACUAUAAAGCAUACAUAAUACAUGUAUAGGAGUGUAUAACAAAUGAUUAGAUGAAAUGGACAUUAUUACAGCAACUGUCUACUAUCGAAAUUAAAUUGCUAUAGUAAUGAAUAACAAAAAAUUGCCUUUAUUAAUGAUAAUAUUUUUUUCUUUUGUAACGUAAAACACUCUGAUUUAAGGGCCUCUCAUCCGCCAACUCUCUAUUUUACAUCUAGUAGAUAAAUUUUAUUUGGAACUGGAGCUAGAGUGUUUUACACAUCGUUGGCAAACCUAAAUAUAUUAAGGAAACUGUAAAUAUUAAAAUGCAGACGUGGAGUGAUUUAAUCGUAAACAUAACCAUUGGUUCAGUAGAAUAUUUUUUUACGUGUUUUUAAAAAUAUUCUGAUAGUAAAGAAAAAGUUAAGACUGGACUGCAAUGUUAGACCGUAAUAAAAAGAAAUUAAAAGUUAGUGAAUUAAUGUGGAAAUCUUAACAACAAAAACAAAUUUCGACUGUGGGACAAAAACGGUACUUCGCCUUGAAAUUGAUGUUUGAUCGAAACCUUAAUUGAGUACUUUUUCUAUCGGCUAGACCAUUUUAUUCUAUAAUUGAAGCUGCGCGCAAAAUGAAUAAAAAUAACCAAGUGUUAUUGCGAUUAUUGCAUUAGUUACAUGGGACAUGAAAUUUGUAUAAAAUUAUUAUAAAUUCGUGUUAUUGGCCAAAAAUUAAAACCAAUGAGCGUUCAAACUUAUCAAUUUUUUUUUAUUUAAAAAUCUUUCAAAUAAUAAUUUUUUAAAACUAUAGAUCACCACCUUUAGAAUAGAACUUUUUCAGAAUAUUCAUGAUUUUUUAACACGUAUUACUUUUGAACGGAAAACUGUCAAUUAUCCGUUCUUUAAUGUUAGGGGAAAAUGGUACGAUGUGAUUUUGAUUUUCCGGAAUUGCUUAACUAAAAUAAUUUCAAUAUGUUCCUCAACUUAUUAUACAUUGAAAGUAUUUAAUUGUUCAAAAUGAAAGUUCAAUAUUGUUGAAACUUUCUACUAGAAAUAGUAUAAAAGAAUCUAGUUUAUUAUUGUAUUUUGCGGUUUCAUAUUGUAUUCUAGUCCUUACCUUUCACCCCUUUUUUAUGUUUUUGAUGCUCAAGUUUCAUUAAAGCUAAUGGCAAUCUCUCACAUUUGCCAGAAAACCACCGCAAAAUUAUACAACUAAUCUGUUUACAUUUCACUCUGUAAAAAUAAAAAUAUAAAUAAUUAAAAUGAUUAUUAUACAUCUAAAUCCACUAAUAGUACCGACGAAACUAUAAGCCAUGCAUUAUACUCAUACUUUUUCGUUUUAACAUAAACUUUUUUGAGACCGUUGAAACUAUGAAGUAUUUAACAAUUUCAAUAAAUGUGUACAAUACUGUUCAAUAAACAAAGCAGCUGAAUGUACUGUGCUGCGGAUAUACGUUUGAAAGAUUUACAGGUUUUGAAUUAUUGCUAACUAUUCUGUUUAAUAUGUGUAUAUAAAUGUAUACAUGUAAUCUGUGAGCAUGUACUAAAUUUUUCGUGAAAAGUUGAAGAUCAAGGACCACAUUUUGAUAUACCGAUUAAAAUAGUGAAAAUACAUUAUUUUUUACAUUUUUAGUAUGCAACGAUCAUUCACUACGUGAUAUAUGUUCUCACAAAGCGUGAGGAAAUAAUUUUCGAAUUUGAGGAAUAUUAAGGAAGAAUUGUUAUUAUUUAUGCAAUCUGCAUUGUGCUCUGUAGACAUUAUUUUUCUCUUAUAACUUUGUAAUCCUAUAUGUGAUUUGUAUUAAUAUGAAAUAUUAAACAUUCAUUGUUAA